GUGCGACCUACGACAGAGCGGGUAAUCAAAACUACAGGAAAAGGCAGGAUUACAGUAUAUCGUGAUGCUGUAGUGUUUUUUACGUAGUUUUCUAGUCUGUUAUCCUUAGGAGUAACCGGGAAAAGCCGAAAGACACAACAACAAAGGAGUUGCAAAUGCAAGAAAGCCAGGUAUGUCCCUAGAGAGUCAGCAUGGUAAGUGGACAUUAUCCAGCAGUAGCGAUGAAGAAACAGAUAAGCCUGCAGAGAAGAAAAACAUUACUUCACAUAAAGGGGGCACUGCCCCCUCCAUUAAAAAAGAAGCUGUAUCUGAUUCUGAUAAAACUGACAUUGAUGAAGAAAUAGUUGCAUUUCAGACUGUGAAUAAGAGUCCUUCUCACUCGCAUCAUCUGAAGCCUGUAAAAAAGAAGGGCAGUAGCAGAGACAGUGUGAGCCCGUCUUCAUCGUCAUGUCAUACAAGUCCUCGCGGACCACUAAAAAAGGAUCAGUCCCAUAAGCAACAUUCCAUUGGGUCUGAAGCAAGAAAGUUUGCCCUAUCUGAGAAGCGGAAAAGACUGUCUGAUGACUCUGGCUGGUGUGUGUCUAGCAGCGAUGAGGGAUCUGACACAGAAGUAAAAUGUAAACAGGAAGAACAGAAACCGGUGAAAGCAGAGAGCCAUUGUUUAAAACCCAAGGACAUUUCAGCAAAAGCAGGAAGAGGUAGCCCCUCUGUGCAUCUAAAAUCGCCAAAGAAACAUGCCUCAGACAGUAAAAAUGAAGAUUUGGAUAUGUGGGAUCUGUUGAAAACGGGAGAACCCUUCAGGUUCUACCUUACUAAGGUCACAGGGAUAACUGCAAAAUACAAUACGGGAGCUUUUCAUAUCAAAGAUAUUUUAUCGCCUUUAUUUGGAACACUGGUGUCUUCUGUUCAGUUUAAUUAUUGUAUUGAUGUGGAGUGGCUUGUAAAACAGUAUCCAAAAGAAUUCAGGAGUAAACCUUUGUUAAUUGUGCAUGGUGAGAAGAGAGAAUCUAAAGCCCGGUUGCAUGAGGCUGCACAUCCUUAUGAGCAUGUCCGUCUCUGUCAGGCAAAGUUGGAUAUUGCAUAUGGGACUCAUCAUACGAAGAUGAUGUUACUGUUGUAUGAAGAAGGUUUUCGAGUAGUAAUACACACAGCUAACCUCAUUUUUGAUGACUGGCAUCAGAAGACUCAAGGGAUAUGGAUGAGCCCACUGUAUCCACGGUUACCCAAGGGUACCCCUGCAGCAGAUGGGGAGUCAGAAACAAACUUCAAACAGGACUUGAUUGACUAUCUGACAUCUUACCAGUCUACAACUCUGAAAGAAUGGGUAACUAUCAUCAAAGAAUAUGAUCUGUCAGAAACCAGGGUUUUCCUUAUUGGAUCCACUCCAGGAAGAUAUGUUGGAAAAGACAAAAAUAAAUGGGGUCACUUGAAACUUCGAAAGAUUUUGAGUGAACACGCCUCUUCAGUGGCCUCAUCAGAUACUUGGCGUCUGAUUGGACAAUUUUCAAGCAUCGGAUCAAUGGGGGCUGACAAAUCAAAAUGGUUGUGUGCAGAAUUUAUGGAGAGCUUGGUGACGCUUGGGAAACAGUACAAAAGCCUGGCAAAUCACCAGACAGCAUUUCAUUUGAUUUACCCUACUGUGGAUAAUGUGAGAACAAGUUUAGAAGGAUACCCAGCUGGUGGCUCCCUUCCAUACAGCAUACAGACAGCACAGAAACAACUUUGGCUGCACUCUUUCUUCCAUAAGUGGUCGGCAGAUGCUUCAGGGCGCACUCGUGCUAUGCCUCACAUCAAGACUUACAUGCGAGCUUCACCGGAUUUCCAGGAGAUUGCUUGGUUUCUCGUAACAAGUGCAAAUCUGUCCAAAGCUGCUUGGGGAGCACUGGAGAAGAACAACACUCAACUGAUGAUUCGCUCAUAUGAGCUGGGAGUUUUGUUUGUGCCUUCAGCAUUUAAGUCAGGUGCAGAUGUUUUCAAAGUGCAGCAGACCCACUUAUUGAAACAUGCGAGUGGGGCAUUAUCAUUUCCAGUGCCUUUUGAUUUACCUCCAGAGCAUUAUGGAAGUAAAGAUCGACCAUGGAUCUGGAACAUUCCAUACACCAGAGCUCCUGAUACACAUGGAAAUAUGUGGGUUCCUUCAUAGAAGUUCCUGAACUGAGCAGAAAUAGAAAUGAACUGGUUUUACAUCUACAGAUAUUUUUUUUGAAAUAAGAGAAGUACAGAAAAAGCUCCUAUGAGUACUUUAUACAUGGCUGAUCUGCAGUUUUUACUCAGCAAUUUUUAGCAUUUUAUAAAGACACGGAGAAGGAUUCAGAUAAGUCCGUUAUGUACACAGCUGAAGCUCUUUGUGUCUGCAGAGCUUGAAGUACAUUACUGCUGCUGUUAUGAGAUUACACUACACAGUAAGUGUCAGAAAUGUAAUUCAGCCUUAGAUUUUCAGUUCUUCCUACAGUAGGUUAGACUGAAGGUCUAGACAUAGCAGUUAUGAAUUAGUAUUAUGGAUUCAAUUAAAAAAAAAAAGUAAACUGCUGACGCAAUCCAUUUUAUAAUAUACAGGAUGUUUUAUAUCAGUACAUUAUCAAUGACUGCUUAUUGAUGGUUUCAUAAAGUGAAAUAAAGUAUUGCAUUUUUCUUUA